AUGCUGGAUAAGGCCAUCCUGCUCCUGUUCCUGCAUUUAGUUGCAUGCUCCAUCUCCUCGCCUCUCUACCCAGCUCUCAGGUACAGUGCAGGGCCAGUUGCUGGCAAGGCCAUGAACUUCCAGCCACAGCACAGCAGCCCAUUGCAGAGCCAUAACCCCUCAACAGAGGAAAAGGAGGAGGAGGGUUUGUUAACAGACCCCACUGAGAAAAGGAUGCAGCGCCAUGCCGAUGCCAUAUUCACCGACAACUACCGGAAAUUCCUGGGACGGAUUUCCGCCCGCAAAUUCUUACAGACCAUCAUUGGCAAGCGGCUUGGAAGCAGUGAGAACAGCCCAGGAGAAGGGGUGCAUGAAUUUCUGACAAGGCGCCAGUCUGACAGCAUCCUGAUGGACAGCCGCUACCACCAACAGAUGGUACUAAGGGACUUCCUGGGAGCCAUUCUGCAGAAUCAGAGGCCUCAGGACAUCAGCAGCAGUCGGUUAGAAGGCUUUCCCAGCACUCUGGCUAAGCUCAUAUAA